CGUCCGCUCUCUUGCCCCAGACGAAGUGCACAGUGGUGUAUUGUCGGUACCGUUUUUAAUUCUCAGCAAACACCUUCCCGAAAAAACCCGCAAACAUGACCAGGAAAUUCUUCGUCGGUGGAAACUGGAAGAUGAACGGCGACAAGAAAAGCCUUGGGGAGCUCAUCCAUACCAUGAACGGAGCCAAGGUGGACCCCAAUGUCGAGGUGGUGUGCGGCGCUCCAGCAAUCUACCUGGACUUUGCCAGGUCCAAGCUGGAUGCCAAGUUCGGUGUGGCUGCUCAGAACUGCUACAAAGUUGCCAAGGGUGCCUUCACUGGGGAGAUCAGCCCUGCGAUGAUCAAAGACUGUGGUGUGCACUGGGUGAUCCUGGGCCACUCUGAGAGGCGCCACGUCUUCGGAGAGAGCGAUGAGCUCAUUGGCCAGAAGACAGCCCACGCUCUGGAGAAUGGUCUCGGUGUGAUCGCCUGCAUCGGCGAGAAGCUGGACGAGAGAGAGGGCGGCAUCACAGAGAAGGUCGUCUUUGCUCAGACCAAGGUCAUCGCAGACAAUGUAAAGGACUGGAGCAAGGUCGUGCUUGCUUAUGAGCCUGUGUGGGCCAUUGGCACCGGCAAGACUGCCUCCCCACAGCAGGCUCAGGAGGUUCAUGACAAACUGAGGGGAUGGCUGAAGACCCAUGUAUCUGAGGCUGUUGCCAGUUCUGUGAGGAUCAUCUACGGAGGUUCUGUGACCGGUGGUACCUGCAAAGAACUUGCCUCCCAGAAGGACGUUGACGGUUUCCUCGUUGGUGGAGCCUCCCUCAAGCCAGAGUUUAUCGAGAUCAUCAACGCCAAGUUAUAAAAAAAGAAAAUUUAAAAAAACCCACGCAGCUGCAAUGUCACCACGUCCAGAUUAGAGGCCAGCUCCAUUCAGAUGAUCCAGUUCCACCAUCCCUCACUCUCAGCACUUAGCCAUCUUCCCCUUUUUAUUCAAAGUAUUUUGUGUAAUGAUGUCAUUCCCUCCUUUUCCUUUAUCUUUUUUGGGUAUAUUUUGUCUUAAAGAAAAGGGACAGGUUGACACAUGCACUGUCCUGCACUGAAAAGAGUUAAAUCCACUGAGAAAAGUCUGUGUGCAUACUAACUUCCACACCAAGUGCUCAAGCUGUAAAGACUGACAGUUACACCUUGAGGUGGACAAGCAGUCCACGCCUUUACUUGAAUAGUUUACCAACUUCUUUGUGUAAACGGUGUCACAGCUCUUGUCAAUCAGAUUUAUUUGUCUUUUUAAUAUUGGUGUCUCUUUUGUGUAAUUAUGAUGUUCUUCUGUGGCUUUUACCUCCCUGUAGACGUGCAUGAUCCGCUCUCUCUCAUUGGCUGUUUCGCCAAGAGGGAGGUGUCCAUUACAUGUAAUCCAUAUUGUGUCAUGGCCGAUGGGUUUAAGGGUGGGAUGGCUGUAAGGAAACAUUAUAAUAAACGGUUUAGAGACUG